AGAUUUUAGACCCAACAGACUCGUAACAAGUUUGGCUAAAAUGUUCAGCCAUACAAGUCAACAUACAGAGCUACACAAAACUAUUUUGCGAGGAGAGGAGCAGCCACCUCUCCAGAGAUGUGAGGACUGCUGUUCCUUGUACCACUGUCCUUUCUGUGGGCCUGAAAUGUUCAAACCCGCCAUCAAAAGCAAAUGUUUAAAGCAUUUACAAGGUCACAGAAGAAGAGCGAUACGGCACAAGGAGUUCUUCAUUUUUAAAUGUCAUUUAAAGUGCCGAACUGCUCCACACUUUCACUGCGUUAGCUGCGCAUCCACUUUUAUGAGGAAAGAUGGUUUUCUAAAACACCUGGCUAUGUGCGAGAGCAAAAAACCCAAAUUAACAGUUGUGGAGCUGAAAUCAGACGAGAGUUUACCUGCACCAGAUCUUCAUCUGACUGCAUCUGAAGCUGGCAGUACUGAGGAGAUGCCUGUCGGCGAAGGACACAAGAAUCUGUUCUCUGAAGAUGCUCAGAAAAUCAGGAGAAGAAAAGCAAACUUUGAGCAACACUUGUGCCCUAAAAGGGCUGUUAGUGAGGAGACAGUGAGCCAGGGGCUCAGUGAUUCAGAGAUGGCAGACCAAAACUCCAGAGGUGAAGGAGGGAUUAUGGAGGAGCAGGUGAGAACAGAUGACCCAACUAUAUCCCCAGUGGAUGAAGGAGAUGCUUCAGUGGUAGAUCUCUCUGUAGUGGAUCAUAAUGUCACAGAGACCACUGUCUCAAAUUCUGCUGCCAAUCCUCAUCCUAUAGAGGCUGAUGUCGCCAUACAGACUUUAGUAAAUGAGAUGUUCUCUGGACACACAUCUGUUGAAAGCACCGUCCCACAAAGAUCCAGAUCCGAUGCACAAGAUCUGUGUCCGUUCUGUGGUUUAAUGCUACAUAGGAAGAAUCUGCAGGUGCAUUUAAGAAGGAAGCACCCAGAUCAAGUGUCAAACCAGGAGAAACCUGCCUCUGCUCAGGUGAAAAACCCAAAACAACAGAGACUUGCUUUGCGACAACAACAGAAGAUUGCAAUGGAGAGUGAAAUCAGAGAUGUGUUCAGACACUGUAUCAGGUUUCCAGUGCCCAUUUUUGCCUCUGUGGUCGCUGAUGAGCUGGUGGACACUGCCAAUGAGAAGCAUUGUAUCACCAUAUUGGCCCGUUGGAGUCAGUGUGAUUUGGAGAGAGGGGGGAAACUGCGUUUCUCUCAGAGAUGGACUCUACUGUGUAAACACGACACAAUCGAGCAUGUGCUGCCGUCUGGAACAAGCUCACACAUACAGACGGAGUUGCUCAGCUGCCAUUCUCCUUCUGGGACUCUUCAAGCUGUCAUCCGGGAGGAUGCCGGACAUCAGUACGUGGAGUCAUUAAUUCUGUGUGUGUGUGUGUGUUUGGUAGAUGAUUUCGGGAGUGUGCAGCUGUUGACCAUACAAAAAGACCUGAUGGUGAUGAGCUGCUCAUCUCCAAAUCAACCUCCCUGCCUGAAACUUGGCUUCCUCUCAUCAGUGGAUCAGGCUGAGGACAUGCAACUUUGUAAUGUGGGCGGAGCAGAUGUGUAUGAGGGAUUUGAUUGGCAGCCCAUGUUAAUCACACCCCCUUCUCAAGAGGAGAACCAUCAGUUCUCUGGACUGAAUUUUGGAGCAAUUUUGUUGAAGCCGUACAAUCUUCCAGAGAGAAGGAAAAGUCCUCUAGUGGUGAAUAUACAUGGUGGUCCUCAUGCUCAUUUUGCUGCUGACUGGAACGCCACAGCCGCUGCUUUAACCAAACUGGGAUUUGCUGUUCUGAUGGUGAACUACAGGGGCUCCACUGGUUUCGGUCAAGAUGGCAUAGAAUCUCUGCUUGGAAACGUUGGCAGUCAGGACGUCAAAGAUGUUCAUAGGGCAGUGUUGUGCACUUUGCAGAAUGAGAUGACCCUUGAUCCUGAUAGGGUGGCAGUGAUGGGUGGCUCUCAUGGUGGUUUUCUGGCCUGCCACCUGGUUGGUCAGUAUCCAGAUUUCUACAGAGCUUGUGCAGCAAGAAACCCUGUGAUCAAUGCAGCCACACUGCUUGGAACCAGUGAUAUUGUAGACUGGAGAUAUUCCUCUGUGGGGAUUCAGUAUGCUUUUGACCGGCUGCCCACAUCACAGUCCCUCAUUUCAAUGCUGGAAAAGUCACCCAUAAUACAUGCUGCACAGAUCCGUGCUCCUGUGUUGUUGAUGUUGGGUGGGAGAGACAGGAGAGUAUCACCUCACCAGGGUCUGGAGCUCUACAGAGCACUCAAGAGCAGGAGCACACCUGUCAGGUUAUUGUGGUACAGUGAUGAGGGUCAUUCGCUGUCUAAAGUCAACACUCAGUCUGACUGCUUCCUCAACAUCGUUCUGUGGUUUAAAGAACAUUUAAACUGACGCAACAUUUCUCAGAGACGCAUAUGAAAAUAUUCAUCAAAUGCUUUUUUUUUUUUGUCUGCACAUAUUGUGUUUGACAUUCUUGCCAAAACUGUAGAUGUCCAUGAAUGUUGCACUGAGGCUGAAGUUAAAGGUUAUACAGGUCAUUCUCCACUAGGGGACAGACCUGUCCAUGUUAAAUUAGCACUGCUAAAAUAAAUGGUCAAAUGCCAAAGGAUGAAGUCAUCAUGUUUAGAAAUCAGAGCUCAUGUACUGUGAUACUGAACUUCUCUUUUUAGAGUUAAUAUCUGAACAAUCAACGUCUUUUGUGAGACGUUUACUCUUCGCUAUGUUUUUAAUGGACAGUAAUGAUCUUGCCAAUAUUUUUAGAUCAAAUCUGUUUGACUUUAAAUACAAAUACAUGCUGAUCGUUUGUAGAUUUAAAGUAGUUUGAUUAUGAAAAAAGUACAUUUAGGAUAGAAAGCAGAAGAGAAGAACAAAAAGCAUUUUUCUAGUUUCUGAAAUGUAUCUAUAGAGAUCUUCAACAUUCCAUAUUUAUAAACAUGAUACGAGACAGAAAUGUGUGAUAUUUAUUUUGGCCAAUGCUUAUACACAUAGAUCCAGCUGUACCAGCUCACAUGUCUAAGACUCUCGUGUCCAUUUCACUUAAAGCCCCUUAAGAAAGGUAUUUCCCUCAAAGAUUUCUUAGUUUCGUAGUUUUGCAACAUUUUUGUCUUUUGAAAACUUAAUCUCCAAAUCCUCUUAGACAGAUUCAUUCAGCUCUUGUGUUUCUAUCAUGAACUUUGUUUAUAAUAUUGUUAUUAGGUAUUCUGGUUUGUCAUUUGUGGCACGUUGAGCUCCAGCCAGUUUUAUGUUAGUGUUUUAUGGCCAAUUGUAGCAUGUGGAUUUUCAAUAUUCUGGAGGUCUCAGGGGGCAGAUUGCUUUAUACCCUGUUAAGAUUGCAUUGCUAAUGACCCACAGAGAAAGAAGUAGAACACAACAGGUCACCUGAGACCAUUGCCACUGCCACUGUGUAAGAGAGAGAAAGAAAGAAAGGUCUGUAUUAUUCCCCCUUUGAUCGGGUUUGGUGUAGGUGUCUGGGUCUUAGGCAGGUCAAAUAUCAUUAAAAGUCUUUACUCUCUGUCUCAGUCUGCCUAGACGCUGAACGGCAUGCUCAUAAAGGAAGAUUAAAGAGCAAGGCAGAAUUUGAGAAUAAACACAAACACCCAAAAAUCAUUGCCAGGGGGUGAAAAGCAGAUGAGAAACAGAUUAGAGGAAGUAGGGAGAAAAAUCUGAGUAGGUUUAAGGUCACACUGGGGUAAAAUGAGCCACAGCUUAGUUGGUGCUAUCAUGAGCUGUGAUGUGACAACUAAAUGAAAACACGAAAGUUAUCUGAUGGCUCAAGCCCCCCCCCCUCCCUCCCCCCCAGAAUGCUGGGAGUUGGGUAAAAUCCAGUAGGCCUGGGGCACAUUGAAUCAACGGCCAUAAAUAUGACACAGCUUGAAGCAGUGAAUCUAUUUGAGUUGGCAAAGUAAUACAGCAUAAAUUAAAUCCUUCAGACAUCUUUGUUAUACUUUGGGUCAUGUUGCUUCUGUUGCUUUUGGACAUUACAAGUCUUAUAUAAGUUGUUUUCUUUGAUCUUAAAGUAGAUCUUCAAACUGAUAAACAGCUCUGCUCUGUUGUUUUCACCUAUUAAUUAGAAAAAGGAAAGGACACAAACUGGCUCACCUUACCACAGGCCCAAAGUAAAGGUGUGCUAAACCAGGGUGUUGUUGUGAGUAGUGGUCAGUGCCCACCCAAAAGAAAAUGAAUCAAAUGUUAUUAUUAGCAUAGAUUUUUACAUGUCUUUUUAUUGAUUUAUUGGCUGUUAGAUCAUUUAUUGAACUAUAAUAUGUGCUUGCCUCUGCAUUGUUUCAAUAGGAUGUCUGUCAUUGUCCAUCAUAUAUAAACUAGUUUCUAGGUCAUUUCAAUGCCACCA